UAGCGUCUGGAUAGUCAGCUGUAUUUAGUUUGAUUCAGUGUAGAGUGUAGCGUGGUGGACUAGUGGUAGUGUGGUUAGCUCCAGUUAGCUCAUGAAAGGAAUGUAACCUUCGUUUUAAACGUAUGUACUACAUGUGCCCUUUAGAUCAACGUAAAUAAAAUUGAUUUGUACUUUUCUGCCGUUUUUAUACAUUUGUAUAAUAUUUCAGUAUCGUAUGAUUUGAAAAAAAUAAUAUAUCAUGGAAAAACUGAAGCCUAAACAAUUACAAAGAUUACAGAGAAAGAGAGCAAAGUUGGCAGCGUCAUUGCAAAUUGCAAGAAUCAAUGAUAAAGACAAGGAAGUUAAAUUACAAGCAUCAAUGCAGUCAGGUACUAAUAAACCCAGCCAUUCCGUGAGUAAUGUUACAGCGAUGGCAGAUUCCAAUUGCAAACGGCAUUAUAGUGAAGAAAUUGAUAACGCAAAUUCAGAAACAUGCAUUAAGGAAGAAGACGAAUUAGAAUCUCAGACUAAUAAAAAGCCCAGAUUAAAUAAUGAAGAAUAUCUAAAGCAAUCUUACCUAAAGAUGCAACAAGAGCUAAGAGAUCGUCAGAAAAGGCUUAAGGACAUCCCGAACCUUACUCUUAAAGACGUCGGUAGAAAUGCUAUUAUAGACGACAACAACAUAGGUCAAAGAAUACCUAUAUUUUUCAACGAUGUACGACAUCUACUCUUAUAUUCUUUGUUUGGACAAAAAAUUGCACAAAACUCGCCAAGAUGGUGUAAGCUGGAAAAGUAUAAAAAGGUAAGCCAGACAGUGGUCCUCGUCAUUGAAGGGCUCUCUUCGUAUCAUUUCAUCACGAACGAGAGCAUGUUUCCCCACGUGAAAGAUAACUUAAAGUACCGUUUAGAGAUAGUAACACCUGGUAUAUAUGGAGGAUCGAUAGUGGAAGAGCUCGCAGCUGUUCCUUCAAUUAGAACCCAGUACAAUAAAUUAAUCAGCCAUUCACAGGAGACUGCUCUGCAAAUGAACAGGAACUUUAUGAAACUAAUAAGUGCCACCUUCCCGGUGGCGAUCAACAAUGUGCAACAUGAUGAGAAUAAUGAUGCGAAGGAGAAUCUACCACCUACGGAUAAAUUCGACAGAAAAAACCUCCUUCUAUCGUUCGAACAAAUGAUAGAUCACAAAUAUCCCGUGCCUUUUAAGGAGCUGUUGGCAGAGAGGUUCUGUUCAUAUAUAUUGACGAAGGAUUCUUACAAGGAAGUCACGGCAAUGUCGCCCAUGUUUGCUCUGGAUUGCGAGAUGUGUCUAACGACGACCGGCAAUCUAGAACUUGCUAGAAUUAGCGUCGUGGACGAAAGUAUGAACGUCAUCUACAACACUCUAGUCAAACCGGAAAACGCAAUAGUAAAUUACUUGACUCAGUAUAGCGGUAUUACUGAGAAGAUGCUGGCGGACGUCGCAGUCACGCUGCACGACGUACAGCAAACCUUGAAAUCUUUACUGCCCGCAGAUGCGAUUCUCAUAGGGCACAGUCUUGAGUGUGAUCUUCGCGCAUUAAAAAUGAUGCAUCCCUAUAACAUCGAUACGUCUGUGAUAUUCAAUCUCAGCGGAUACAGAUUUAUGAAGUCGAAACUAAAAACUUUAGUGCAAGAAUUUCUUGGGGAGCAAAUUCAAGACGGUAAGGCUGGACAUUGUUCAGUGGAGGACUCGAAAGCCACCAUGAAACUAGUUAAAUUAAAACUAGCAAAUAGCUUGAACUAUGGAGACGCGGUAUCGUUGAGACAUCAGAAAAUGCAGACUUUGGAAAUGUCUACAGAAAACAAACAGUAUGGUACAUCCAUAUCCAAUCCUACAAAGAAGAAAGACACUAUCGCCAUCGUAGGCAGUGAAGAAAUCACGUCAGAGUAUGCUAAAUAUCUCAAUAGUUCGUCCCUCAAAGUUGUGGACAACAAGGAUUCCUUGAAAAAUGAUCAAAUACGUUUCGUGAUAGCGGAUAACAACAAGCACGCCGUAAAACUAACGUCAACAAUAGUAAUGGAAUACAACUUUAUAUUGUGUCACAUGAAAAUCAGGGACGAAGAAUUGCAAGAUGGAAUAAUAGAGAAAACGUUACGAAAAGUGAACAAGCGAAUGAGCAAGCUGUGGAAAUAUAGCGCCAUAAACAGUCUGCAAUGUGUGAUAUUCGGUGGACUAACUAACAUUGGAAACGGAACGUGUUUCUUGGAUGUCAAGGUGUCAUGAAGUGUAGUCGUUUUUGUUAUAAUAUAGCAUAUUGUACGAAAA